AUUUUAUUUUUUUGCAAUCGGUGCUAGUGCUAGUACCUUAUGGUCGGUGCAGCCAUUAGAAAAACAAAUCCACACCAACAGAUCCUCACCGAGAAGCUCUCCACUGCGUGUGCUUUUAUUCUGUAUCUCCAUUCCUCUGGAGCAGCGGUGCUCAUCUCCUCUUCUAUCUAUCCAUCCAUCCAGCGAGCCCACGAACCCCAUCACUCCAUCAGCGCUGCCCUUCUCUCUAUCCAUGCUCCAGCCACACCACACCACGCGCCCGUGUCUUCCACAGCCCACGCCGUGGCGUUCCCCUCUCUCUUCUUGCCCGCGGCACCCGAAUCGAGCACUGAUGGGUGUGAUUGUAACGCCCAUGACCGAUGGCUGCUUCGUGUUCGUCGGCCCGUUGCGGCGCGACUUUGGCUGGGCCUGCGCGCACGGAGCUGGCUGGGCCUGUGGCAGAGGCGCGGCGGCGAUGGCCUCGGCGGCUGCUUGACGGGGCCGCGUGGAUCUGUGCCGGCGCUUCGGUGCUUCGGAUCGGCAUGGAUCCGCAGUGGCAUCCUCCUCAUCCUGAUUCUGUCCAUCGUCGUCGGCACGGCCUCGGGGUCCGCGCUGGUGGGUGACAGGUGCGCAGCGGGCUCGCAGUCCCCGUGCGGCGCCCCCUGCUCCGCCGGGAUGUGCUGCGCCCCCUGCUCCGCCACCUCGUCCACCCCGUUCGCCGCCGCGGCCUCCAACACUGCCGGUCUGCAUACGAAGAAACAGAGGAUACACGAAAAGGAUUUUUUGUUUUACCGCAUCGUUUUUCCCAGAGCCACUUACGUGAGGAGUGCGGGUUCAAUUUUCAGAAAAGAGAAGGGCCUUUUUGCAAUAGUACCACAACGGGUGUGCGGGCAAACUAAAGGCUCGCAUGAUUUUUUUGGCCCAUAUAUGUAUCUGUACGAAGGAGGCCCAACACCCAACAACGGACUUAAAAUUGAGAUCAGCGUUUAGUACCACCUCGCCACCUCGUACGUGAUCAAAACUAACGGAAAAAAAAACUUAUCGUGGGACGAAACCAAAAAUAUCAUCUUACUUUAAUAGUAGGUAUAGAUAUAGAUAGAUAUAGAUAAUGUAUGUGUAAUGCUAUUAUAUUAUCUGUUUUGAAUGUU